GGACGAAGUCCUCCCCCCCGGCCUUUAUGAAAAAAUGGCUGGAGGCGGCUUGGGUGUAUUUUGUAGAAGACUCUCCGCGGUCCUGAGGGUUUCUGGAUCGUUCAUUACUUCUAAGGUCCCCGCUAGCACAGGUUGCAGGUUUUCUCUUAGUUUCCUGCAUAAGAGUGUACCAAAUGUCACUUCUUUGCACCGACCUAAAUUACUUCAUACCACAUUGUCAACAAGAGGACUAGAAGAAUUUUUUGAUGACCCAAAGAAUUGGGGGGAACAAAAAGUGAAAUCUGGAGCUGCAUGGACCUGUCAACAGUUAAGGAACAAAAGUAAUGAAGAUUUACAUAAACUUUGGUAUGUCCUACUGAAAGAAAGAAACAUGCUUCUAACUCUAGAGCAGGAGGCCAAGCGGCAGAGAUUGCCAAUGCCAAGUCCAGAACGGUUAGAAAAGGUAAUUGAGUCCAUGGAUGCAUUGGAUAAAGUUGUCCAGGAAAGAGAAGAUGCUUUACGGCUUCUUCAGACUGGUCAAGAAAAAGCUAGACCUGGUGCUUGGAGAAGGGACAUCUUUGGAAGAAUCAUUUGGCACAAGUUCAAGCAGUGGCCUGUACCUUGGUACCUAAAUAAAAGAUACAAUAAGAAACGAUUCUUUGCAAUGCCUUAUGUGGACCGUUUCAUCAGAUUGAGACUUGAGAAACAAGCUCGCAUCAAAGCAAGAAAGAGAAGUUUAGAGAAAAAGAAAGAAAAAUUUCUUAAGGAAAAAUUUCCACAUCUUUCUGAAGCCCAGAAGUCAAGCGUUGGCUAAGUCUGAACUCUUAUUAAUGUGUUGCUUUUUCUUGCAACAUUCUGUAUACCGAAGUAAAUAGAUAUAUGUUAAGUGGUUAAUAAAGAAUUUUUUAAAGUCAA